AUGGACGUAGAUUCACAGAGACACCUACCAGACAAGCAUCACCUGCUGCAAGAGUCAGAAAAUGGAAAACGAGAUUUACUACAUACAAAUUCAGUAAAAGAUCAUUUUGACCAUGCAGAAAGAAGAAUAGAACAGAAAGAGAGAAGAAGCCAUCCACAGCUUGAUAAACUUGCUGAGACUGGAGGGAUUGUGAUACAAAAGAAACCGGAAUACGUUUUCGCAAAUGUUACUCUACCUUUGUUCAAUAACAAAACGGAUGGUUCUGGACCAGGAGAGUUGGGUCACCCGGUGAAAAUCGAUGUCAACAAACUGUCGAAAGAAGAGAAACUAAGAUAUGAUAAUGGCUGGAAAUCAAACAGCUUCAAUCAGUAUGCAAGUGACCUAAUAUCUAUCCACCGGAGUCUCGGCGAUGGAAGAAGUCAAGCGUGCAAAAAACAAGCAGAAGAGUACGACAGUUUGCGACUGCCGCAAAUAAGCGUCAUCAUCAUCUUCCACAACGAAGCUUGGUCUGUGCUAUUGAGAUCCGUGCACAGUAUCCUGUCGAGGACACAUGAACAUAUCCUGAAGGAGAUUAUCCUUGUAGACGACUUCUCCGCCAACGACUAUUUGAAGGAGCCGUUGGAAAAAUACUUCAAUUCCUUCCCAAAAGUACAAAUCAUUCGUGCGACCAAGCGCCAAGGACUUACACGGGCUCGCUUAUUGGGAUAUUAUCUAUCUACGUCACCAAUAGUUGUCUUCUUAGACUCUCACAUAGAAUGUUUCCCUGGUUGGGCGGAGCCUCUGAUUGCUCGAAUUAGCGAAGAUCCAACUACGGUUGUCUUCCCUAUCAUUGAGGUAAUAGACGAGGAUGACCUACACACCAGAUGCAACUCAACUCUCAACCAGAAUGCAAUUUUCCGUUUUAAAGACCUGACUUUCCAGUGGCAAGUGAUUUCAACUGCUGAAACGAACAGGAGGAGAGAUGACGCAAAUUUUAUAAGAUCGCCAACAAUGCCAGGAGGACUUUUUGCCAUCAGCCGAGAAUUCUUUGACAAACUGGGAACUUACGACCCUGGACUGGAUUACUGGGGUGGCGAGAAUAUUGAACUCUCCUUUAAGGCUUGGAUGUGUGGAGGGAGUGUGGAGUUGGUUACUUGUUCUCACAUCGGUCAUAUCUUUCGAGGCCCCAAUCCCAUUCCACUGCCGCCCGACCCUGUCAGAAAAAACUCCAUACGAGUUGCCGAAGUUUGGAUGGAUGAUUACAAAAACUACUUUUAUGAAAGAAUACUAUUCAGACUGGGUGAAUAUGGGGACGUGACUGAGAGGAAGCAGCUUCGAGAACGUCUCAAGUGUAAGAGUUUUGAGUGGUAUUUACGUAACGUUUACCCCGAUGUUGUAUUACCCUCCAACAUCAAGUACGCUGGAGAGAUCCAAAGCGUUGCCUCCCCGCGAUGUGUGGUCAAUAUGGGCGGACCCGAACAAAAUCAGCAUGCGCCGAAGAUGUAUCAGUGUCACGGACUGGGAAAUAAUCAGUUCUGGUAUUUUAGUGGAAAUGGUCAGAUUUUUCAGGAUGACUGGCACAUCUGCGUCUCCAAUGGGCAGAUUGUUACCAGAAACACAUGUACACCAGAUGGUGCCACAUGGAAGUACAGAGAG